AUGCCGCCUUCGCUCAAUGGCCAUGGGCCUGCUAGCCCUGCUUCAUUUGGCUUCUCAGACGCUGACCUAACAGCCUUCACCAGGCGUUUCGAACAUUUUCAACAGUUUGAAGAGGAGAAGACGCAGUUCUUGGCAGAGAUUGUUACUCGUUACGAAUACCUGUAUCAGCAGUACCAGGCAUUAGCAAUCGAACACGAACGCGACCGCGUAUGGAUUACUGCAUGGAAAAACGAGAAGAUGCAGUACGAAAAUAAGCACAAUCACAUGCUGCGAGAGAUGGUAAUUCCACCCCAAUACACAUCCUCGACAACGACUCCAGCAGCAAGCAAGGCAACUGGCUACUUGAGUAUGGAGAAGAAGCUGAAACUAAGAAAACAGUCCGAUAAUCCAUUCAUCACAGUACUCAUUGACGGCGACGGCAUGAUUUUUUGUGACAAAUAUCUUGGUGACGGUGAACAAGGUGGCCGUCGCGCUGCUUUAGAUCUCUCCGCUGCUGUCCAAGAAUACGUUGACAACGAAUGUAACGAUAUCCCCUACGGAGCCCGUAUCGUCUGCCGCAUCUAUGCGAACGUGCGGGGCCUCGGCGACGUGCUUGUACGCAAAGGAGUCUACCAAGAUCCCUCGGAGUUUGAAAAGUUUGUGCGCGGCUUUACACGGGGCAGAGCGCUAUUUGACUUCAUCGAUGUUGGCGCAGGAAAAGAUCGUGCUGACGAAAAGAUCAUAGAAUCAUGCAAGCUAUACAGCCAGGACUAUCAUUGCCGUCGGGUUCUCUUCGGUUGCUCGCACGACAACGGUUACGCGCGAAUGCUAGAGGAAUGCUCUGAUCGUCCUGGGCUGGUCAACAAGAUCAUUCUUCUCGAAGGCGUCCCGUUUGAGAAGGAGCUCGUAAACUUGCCAUAUGACACGAAGAAAUUUCCUGGGAUCUUCCGCGAUAAAAAGAUCGUGUUUUGGGGGGCUCCUAUAUAUAGUGGCGGUCUUCCACCAGCAUUUAUUCCUGCCCGCAGGGUCGAUUCGAAUGACAGCUCGAAGGCAUCUGUAUCAUCGACAGGCCUCCCUAGCCGGUUCCCACCUCCAGCAAAAUCUCCAGUCAUGGAUAGCCCUCUGCCGAGCCGGGCUACGAUGAUGGGACUGCCUAGAACGCCAUCAACAUCGACACUGGCCUCGGACGGCAUGAUUACAGCAACCAAGCCAGUGCUUCCGAUGAACUGGGCUGCCAAGGUCUCUGCUCCACCGCCUCCUGUCAACCACUCAUCUCCCACAUACAAGCCGGCUAAUCGCGAGGAAGACUACGACAAGAUCGAAGUGGACCGCGUCAAGAAGAUGAAGAUGUGCAACGUCCAUUUCCUCCGGAACGAGUGCCCUUACGAAAAGAACUGUACGCACCUCCACGCCUACAAGCCCACUGAAAGCGAGGUGGCUACCCUCCGUCUCGUCGCUCGCAUGGCACCUUGCAGCAACGGUAGCGGUUGCCAGGAUAUUAGGUGUAUCUAUGGCCACUGUUGCCCGGCGCCCCAUAAAACCCAUCAUGUCAAGGGCACGAAGAACUGCAUUUUCGGCGACUCGUGCAAGUUCCCGAUUGAGCUGCACGACAUCGACACCAACGUGGUCAAGACGCUGGUUAUUCGCUAG